UUCCCAUCCAUCCGCUGUCAGUGUCAGCAACCAAAGCCAUAUGCUGUCAACGCGCUCCCUCUCAGUGCGCCUGCGCUCCUCCUCCUCCUCCUCCUCCUCCUGUAGCUGUGGCCCCGUUCUCCACCUGACAGCUCAUCGGAAGCCAUGCACACAGCCGAGCCCCGGGCUUCUCACCACCACCACAGAUAAAUAACGGGCCGUGCAUGCAGCUGUGUGUGCGGGGAGUCCGGGCUGGACAGUGACCAGAGCAUCCCGCUCCUCUCGGCGCCAUGGAGCGCUCCUGAUCCCGGCAGGACGCGCCGAGAGCUCAGCCAUUCUUCCCCUCGUCACAUCUCGGAUCUGUUUGGAUAUUUCGAGGCCUGACCAUGUCUGCGAGAGAGAAGGGGGUCCUGACCAAAGACAGCGUCAGCCUGCUGCCCUGUUUCUAUUUCGUAGAGCUGCCGAUCCUGGUUUCAUCCGUGGUCAGUCUCUACUUCCUGGAGUGGACGGAUGUGUUCAAGCCAGUGAAGUCCGGCUUCAACUGCCACGACCGCAGUCUGAGUCUUCCCUACAUCGACCCCAACCAUGAGGUCAUCCCCCUCCUCAUGUUGCUCAGCCUGGCUUUUGCCGGACCCGCCAUCACGAUAAUGAUUGGGGAGGCCAUCUUGUUCUGCUGUCUGUCUCGGAGGAAAAGUGGCGGCGGGGCCGAGGCCAACAUCAACGCCGCCGGCUGCAACUUCAACUCCUUCAUACGCAGAGCUGUUCGUUUCGUUGGUGUUCAUGCUUUUGGUCUUUGUGCCACGGCCCUCAUCACAGACAUCCUCCAGCUGAUGACAGGCUACCCAACACCCUACUUCCUCACUGUAUGUAAACCCAACUACACCACGCUCAAUGUCAGCUGUGAGCAGAACCCCUAUGUCAUGGACGAUAUCUGCUCAGGGGCCGACCCCGCAGCCAUUAUCCAGGGCAGAAAAUCCUUCCCAUCGCAGCACGCCACCCUGGCCUCCUUCGCUGCUGUCUACGUUUCGAUGUACUUCAACAGUACAUUAACAGACUCUUCCAAGCUGCUCAAGCCCCUACUGGUAUUCUCCUUCAUUAUCUGUGCCAUAAUCUGUGGUCUGACCCGGAUUAUUCAGUACAAGAACCACGCCAUCGAUGUCUACCUGGGCUUUCUACUUGGAGGAGCUAUUGCUGUCUACCUGGGGUUAUAUGCAGUUGGAAAUUUUCAGCCUAGUGAGGAAGCCAGUUCCCCUCCCCCUCCAAUGCUACACCGCCCAACCUGCUCCUUGCCCCAUAUAAGCCAGGAGGCCGUACUCCACCAUCUGCAAAUGAAAGCAAGCAUGGCAGGGGAGCCUGGGAUCCCCACCUCCCACUCCGAGGGCCUCCUCCACCGAGGCCUCCAACAGCAGAGGCCUGAUGACAGUCUGAAGCGUUCCAGUGCAGAUGUGGAAGUGAUCUCCCCUCGCAGCCCCCAGAGCAAAGACGCAAUGGUGACCUUUAGCCACACUCUUCCUCGGGUUCACACUCCCCAGGCCAUGGCAGCGUAUGAGGAGGCAGCCAGACGUCACGCCGCCACCCUCCACCAUGCCUCCAUGGACUCCAGUCGUUCAAAGCAGCUUCUUUCUCAAUGGAAAAGUAAAAACAACAACCACAAAUGCUCCCUGCAGGUCCCGGAUUCCUUCUCGUCCUCUGUAGAUUCGUCCUCCGGCCAGUCCUCCCAGCAUCCGCACCAUCAUGGCAGCAUGGAGCUCCGAUCCAGCACCGACCCGUUAGCUAUGGGCCUGAAUGGAGGCUUUGAUGCUCAUGCAUACAUGUCCAAACUGGCCACAGGAGCCAGUACCACCCUGCCCAGCAACUGUAGCGGCAUCACUGGAGGGGCGAGAAUAUCCAUGCAAUCUAGACCUGGGUCUUCACAGCUUGUCCACAUACCAGAGGAAGCUCAUGAGAAUUACAACACCACCUCCCCGAGGACAGGGGGAGGAGGAGUAAGUGACGGGAUGUCAACAAUAAAUAGCACAGUUCAGGCAAACUGGCAAAGAGCAGCAGAGAAGACGACAGCUUGCAGGACUAACGAUAACGGGCACAACAGCCAGCCGCGGAUCAUGCAAGUGAUCGCUAUGUCCAAGCAGCAGGGCCUACUACAGACCCAUUCAAAGAGUUUAGAUGAGAGCAGCAUAGGUUGCGGCACCACUGGGAGUUGCCAGGGCUCUGUUCGCUACAGGGGUCUUACUGACCAGGACCCCACUUGCACCACAGGGCCCAGCUCACUGGGAAGCACCACAGGCAGUAUUUCAGGGAGCACCGGAGCAAUCGUCAGAGUAGAGGCCCACCCUGAAAACAGGCCAGUCAUCCAAGCUCCAUCCACAGAUGGAAGCGGGUCAUGGAGGUGGCGGUCUCUGGAUCAUGGCACCGGAGCUGGUGGGGGUACAGUAACUUGUGGAGCAGGAGGAGGAGGAGGAGGUGGAGGAGGAGGGGGGAGUUUGAGGCAGUCCUUUGAGCUCAAUGAUCUGAACAGAGACUCUGAAAGCUCAGACUCAAUCCGUGAUGGGUCCAUUGACAGGAAGCGUGCAAAUCACAUCGUUACCACCACUGCCACCGUUAGCACCCCGCCAAUUGUUACUGUUCACACCCAAAGCACCGGCCAGUCAGAGCACAAGCUCCACCCCCAGGGCCUCUCGACGAUUAGGGUCACUCCAGGCGAUGGUGGUGGUUCUGGAUCUGGAGGAGGUGGUGGCGGCGGAGGAGGCGGAGGUGGUGGAGAGAGCGCUUCUGAAACGCCCUCUGUCACCUCCAGUCGUGAGUCCACGCUGAGGAGAAAAGGCAAUAAUAUCAUCCUGAUUCCAGAGAGAGCCAACAGCCCUGAUAACGCCCGCAACAUUUUUUACAAGGGAACAUCCAUUACUCCAGUUUUCAAGGACUAAACGUACAAAACGACCGGAGACUUCUGAGAAGAUGUAGCUAUAAUAAUGCAAGAGUUUCAGAGAACCCUCAUAUCUGUGACAAGUCAGUAUUACCUGCCAUUGUACUUAUCAUUAUAACUUCAAAAGAAAAGGUUUUACUCAGCAUGAGAUUUUUGUACAUGUUUACACAAAAUCACAACCUUUUAAGUGUUGUAGAAAUAAUCACUGUGUACUUUUGUGGUCACUCCUAAGGACACCUAUUGUAAUGUCGAUGAUGUGCCAGUGCUUGGGGGGACAGAAGAACCUUUUUUAAAACAGUUCUGUAAGUUUUUGGAUAUGAAUCAUCAGAGAAAAAAAAAAAGAAAGUAGCACAGUAACGUUCAAACUGUAGUAAAAUACAGUAAAAUAAGUAUCCUAGCUGUGGAACCAGUGUUUACGUCCCUGCACUGUAAAUACUGUGUAUGUUUGAAAAGGGUGCUACACCAGAAAAUACUAUUUACUAUACAACAUACUUUAUAAUUUGAAUAGAUAAAGAAUGAAUUAUUUUAGAGUGAGUAACAAUGACAUUAAUAUGUGACAGAGAUAUGUUUUGUAUUUUGUCUCUUUUCUGUACAGAUACCACCUACUCAACAGAAUACUGUUUUGAACCAUAAGUGUGCUUAGCAUUCCUUCUGUAGCUAUGAAGUCAAAUAUGCUGUGACUUGCACUAAAAUAUGAGUUUACUGUACCUUGUAUAGUGUAAACCCUGACCUCAUCUUUAUAUCCUGUACUUACAUUUGGAUGUCCAUGCCAAUCCCAUAUCUACAGCACAAACAGCAGCAAAACAGUGGAUUAGUAUGCUCAUUUAGACCAUUUAGAUAAUUAGUACAUUUUACUCUUGUGCAAUACUUGGCCUCAAGCCACCCAGCUAAAUUUGUCAGAUUUCAAUCCACUCAAAAGCAGUCUCAGAUAAACAUUUUUCAGAUAUCCUCUUUUGUUAAACAAAUGCAAAUACAUUUACAGCGUCGCAAAGUGGGGUAUUUAUUUAGGAGAAUUCUGAAAUUAAAAAAAAGAUAACUGGCAGACUGAACACUUCUGAAGCUUGUAUGGGCAUGGAAAUCUCCCAGUUAACCCUUUGAUGCAUAAAAAAAGCUUGCUAAGCUAACUACUUAGCUAACUUCUUGGCUAAGUAGCUUGCUAAGCUAACUUCUUGGCUAAGUAUUUA